AUGGAAAGAUCGAGCCCAAAGCACAGGGAUAAGGAUUCAAGCAAAGACUACAAGCAUCGAAGCAGCAAACACGCCGAUGACCACCAUAUCUCCAAACACAAUAAACACAGUGACACCUACGGAGAUGAUCGACGAGAACCUGAGAAAUCUGAUGGUGGUGAAGAUGGGGUGAAGCGUGAGAGGUCAUCAUACAAUAGAGAAUUGAGAGAGAAAUCGGUGGAUAACAGAUGGCGCCACAACCACAAGAGGAAAGAUAGAGGUGUAGAGUGUGAUGAGGAUGAUAAACGAACAGAUGGGUCUUCUACAGAUGAUGUUAAGAGCGGAGGCAUCUCUCUCGUUGCCUUAUCAAAGGCCAAAGCAACAUUACUGAAGCGAAAGGAGCUUGCAGAGAAGAUGAAGAAGAUCCCCAUGUUAAACAAGGGUGCUGACUCAGCAAGAGAUGGCCUGAAACCUCCAUCUAGUUCACGAAUACCACCUCCCCCGCCACAAUCUGCGACUGCUGGUGGGCUGCCCCAACUUCCAGAGUUUACUGCCCCAAUGUUUGAACCUGUAAAACGGGCACAAGAACUUGCUGCCAAGAUUUGUUUUAGACAAGACCCGGAAUUUGCCCCGCUUAUAAGCAUGUUUCCAGGACAGCUGGCGCCAAAGUUGACUGUUCAAUCUGAGCCUUCAAAGGCUCUUGUUCUUCGUUUGGAUGCAUUCAAUAGGGAAGUAGAUGAAAAUGGCAAUGUGGUAAAUAUACCAAAGGUAAACAACCUGAGCACCAUUAAGGUUAACAUUAACAAAGAGAAAAAAGAUGCAUUCCAGAUUCUGAGACGGGAGUUAGAAGUGGACCCUGAUAAAAACCCUCACUUUGAUUGGCGAAUGGGAAUUGAUAAAAACAAGCUUUUAAGGCCUAAAAGGAUGACCUUUCAGUUCGUGGAGGAAGGCAAAUGGACUAAAGAUGCAGAAAUCACCAAGUUGAAGAGUAAAUUUGGUGAAUCACAAGCGAGAGAGUUCAAAGCAAAACAGGCACAUCUUAUUCCUGAUAUUGAGUGGUGGGACGUGUCAGUUCUUGAUAUACUAAAGAAAGAGAAGAUUACUUUAUACAUAGAACACCCCCGCCCAAUCGAGCCGCCAUUUAAACAGGCCCCACCGCCACCUCAGCCCCUAAAACUUACCAAAAAAGAACGCAAAAAGCUCCGCACUCAAAGACGUCUCGCCAAUGAAAAAACCAGGCAAGAAAUGAUCCGACAAGGGCUUCUAGAACCCCCAAAACCCAAAAUUAAAAUGAGCAAUCUAAUGAAAGUCCUCGGGUCAGAAGCCACCCAACACCCAACCCGUCUCGAAAUGGAAAUCAGAAGCGCAGCCGCCGAACGCGAACAAGCUCAUAUUGACCGGAAUAACGCCCGGAAAUUGACUCCGGCGGAAAGACGCGACAAGAAAAAACGAAAAACUUUUCAAUGA